CCUAGCAACACUUCCUCUGUCUCAGUUUCCUGGAAUCUCCUUUCAAAGGCUGUAUUUUCCUCAAGAAAUCAGGAAUUAAAACUCCAGUUCACGCCAAACAGGAAAAACGUUUGGAGGCCUUUCUCUUAGAGCUUCUGAACAGGAUAUUUUUGCCCCAUCACAAUGGUAUCAGUUGCCAAGAUGCUGACCCUCUGGGCCCUGAUCAUCACGCUGACCAUCCAGGCAAGAGCAAUUGACCUGCCAAGCCCAUCUUUACUGGUGGGAACUCUUCCUAUCAAUGAAGCCACUGGGGCUGUCAAAAACGUCCCUCUUGCUCUAAUGGGAAGACAGCUCAGAAAUACCCAAAAAGGCUCUCCAUCUAUAAAACGUCAAGUUGGGACCCCAGGAGUCAAGUGUUCACCUGUGGCCAAGUACUUACUAUCUAGAAACUACCUUGAAGAAUAUCUGAACGCCACCCUGCCCCCAAAGAUCAAGAAGAAGUUGAUGUGUGAGGAGGUCCUUCUGUCUGGUAUGAUUGGGAAAGUGAUAUCCACGGUGUCUAGCUCCGAUCUACUGUCUGUGUUAGACAUCACUUCAGCCCUCAACAUACCUGGAGGUGAUCCUCUUGGUGGCAUCCUGGGCAAGGAAAGUGGUGGCCAGUCCCCAAAGCUCCCACUGCCAUUGCUCUCAAAAGCCACUGAUGCACUUGGUACCCAAAAGGAUCUGGGCAGCCUACCACCCACUGGUGCAGAGAAGAAUCCUGUAAAAGGACUCAUCAACAACCUUGGUCUUGCAAAUCUCCCCCUGCCCCUGAAUGAUGUAGGUGACCAAGUCAACAAGCUCACAGAAUCCACCCAGGGCAUGCUGAACAGUGUAGUGCCAGCAGGCGUUGGAGACGCAGUUACAGGCCUGCUGGGAAAUCUUAACAUAGAAGAUCUCCUAUUAGGAUUAGAGGUUCAAAAAGUGACUGUGGAGAGCAUGACAACAACCAUGACAGGUGAUGGGAUUCUCGUCCAUGCCACAACUACUGCCUUCAUAGGUGGAAAAGGUCUAGCAGGACCUGUAGUCAGCAUACUAGGAUAUGAAGUACAUGGCGAUGUAACCCUGAAAAUUGGCAUUUCCACGAACAACACCCAGUGUGUCAACCUCCAAGUCCAGGACAAGGACAUCAAGGUCAAGAAAGUGACUCUUCAGAUAACGGACAUGCUCACAGAUACUUUGCCUCUCCCUGUGCCUCUGCCUUUGGACAACAUCAUUUCUCAAGUGUUGACAGUAGCUAUGAAAGAAAAUUUUCAAGAAUCGGAAUCGUGUAACAUUGAUUUCAGUGAUUUCAACGAAUGCAAGAACUCUACUGGCUUGUUCAAGUACGAUGUUAAAAGUUCCAGGAUUUCUACACGAGGCCUUUUCAUAUCAUACUGUGCUAAAGCCCUCUUUAACAACAAUAUAGUCCCUGUGCCCGGAAGCCCUCUUCCACCAGAUCCUAAAAAUGCCAACAUUUCCCUAACUCUGUCCCAUAUGUUACUCAAGGUAAUCAUCACUCUAAGUGCCAAGCAGAGCUCUGCCAAGAUGAAUAACCUGACUGCAAGCAUCACCAAAAUAGCCUACUUCUUCCAAUCAGGCAACAAAAUCCAAGCCACCUACUGGGUUACUGUGGAAAAGGAUGGUGAGAGUGUUGCUAAUGGGAAAACGACCUUAAUCAUCUCCCAUAACUGCAAGAUUUCAAAAGACAAAUUGAUAUUAAGCAUCAAGAUUGAGAGCUCUGAACACUCAGUGACACCCCCUGAGGCUGAGGACGAGGUGCAAGAUAUAAUGCACUUGCUUCUGAAGAAAUUUUUGUCUGCCUUUAAUGAAAUGACGAGUACAUGGAAUGUUCCACCAGGAAUAACCUCAAAUCCUCUAACCAAUGUCAAGGUUCAAGUACUUAAAUCGAAUGAUCUUCAGGCAGCAAACUAAACCCACCACACAUGAGGCCAGAUAAUUUUCCAGAAUGAAAGCAUUUUAAAACUUCUUUAAGAAAUGUUAAGCCAAGGACAUCUUUAUUACUAAGAAGCCAAGUAGAAUAGAGUUCUUAACAUGUCAACUAUUCUUUGGAAUCUCACCAAUAUUAUCUGGAAUUUAAAAG